AUGGAGAAGAAAUACACUAACAAGACCAAGGAAUUCACCACACGCUACGCCGCUUCCAAAUCCAUUGCUGCCUUCGCACAAGCCCUCCGCCAACCAGAUCGUCAACCACGUGUAGACGGAGUCUUGCUCGAGACAUAUCUGAUCCUGUACGAUCUCCUAAAUGACGACGACGAGGAGAUCCGCGAUAUUGCCGCCUCAACUGCCUCGCACAUUCUCUCCUACUCUUCCGUAUCCCCUGACAGGGCUGUGACACUAUCACCGCUAAACGCAAGCGAGCUCUUCGCGACCUUCCUUGCAGACAACUAUGUCGAUUCCCGUGCCCUCUCCACUCGGGCUGUCCGGUAUAUCCUCGGCCAGGAACCUCGAAUCAGUAACGCGAACAGCGAGAGGUCUCUACCUACUGUCUCGACGACCGUAGCUGAGCUGAGAAAGGAGCGGACGGUUCUGUUCGAGGAGGAGAAGCAGAACCUGUUUAUCGAGGAGGUCCGCGAGGUUGAUGUCUGGUCGGUGGUCCUGAUGCGGUUGAAUAAAGACGCCUUUGCGGAGGGUCUACUUAGCGAGACUUUCACCUGGGUUUCUGAAGGAUUGGCAUGUUUCUCGGAGAUUCUGGGGAGACAGGACGGAGAGGAUGGCAUGAUCGGCUGGAUUGCGAAGGCGGAGGCCUACACACUUGGCGUGCAGCUGAUUAGCCUUGCUGGUGUGCUGGUUUCGAGAGAGUUCAAGGCGUUGAAUAUGUUGGGUGGUAGACGGGCUGUUCUUAGAGAGCAACUGCAGACACUGUUGGAGUGUGGGAAGAAAGCCCUGCUUCACGAUGAUUUGGUGUCGAGGAUUCAGUCUGCGUUGGAGGCCUCAUAG